UUAGUAAAGAGUUCCGUGUGGAUCUCGCUCAACAGAAAGCCUAGUACCAAAGUCCCUCAGAGUCACUUCAUAACGAGACAAUUACAGUCGAAUCUGAGCUUUAGGAAGCCAGUAGAAAGCGUGCGAAGGAACUGUCCCUCAUUUGUUGUCAACAAUGGCAGAGCUAAAACAUGUCCUAUGUAUACCAUUUCCUUUACAAGGUCAUGUCACUCCUCUCCUGAAACUGUCCCACUGUAUUGCUGAUCAUGGCAUCAAGGUUACCGUUGUGAACACCGAGUCUGUUCAUGCGCAAGUGAUGGCCGCAAACCAGCUAGAUGAUGGAUCGAAUCCGAUUGAUUUCGUUGCAUUUCCAGAUGGGCUCGAGACUGACGAGGAGCGCAAGGACUGGGCGAAGCUGGUGGAGAGCAUAUCAAGAGUGAUGCCAGGUUAUUUGCAGGAGUUCAUUGAGAAAGUGAAGCAGCAGUCAAAGGGCAACGAAGAUGAGCAGAUCAACUUUGUAAUUGCAGACCUUACUGCCGGAUGGGCACUGGAAGUUGCCGAAAGGAUGGGUAUCAAGCGAGCUGGAUUUUGGCCCGCCUCAGUUUCGUCUCUGGCCUUGAUACUUCAUAUUCGAAAGCUGAUUGAGGGUGGAGUCAUAGACAACGAGGGCAUUGCUCUGAAGAAUGAUGCGAUCUCAAUAUCGAAGGACCUUCCCUCAUAUAAGAGCGAUGACCUCACCUGGACUUUCCCUGAAGACCUGACGGUGCAGAAAGUAUUAUUCAAAUGGGCGUCGACCAUCGUCCAUCACAGCACAUAUUCAACCUCAUAUCUUUGCAAUUCGUUCCAUGAACUUGAGGCAUCGGCUUGUGGAAUUAUUCCCGGAGUUCUCCCAGUUGGUCCAUUAUUAGCAAGCACCCGAUUACUCCAUCGCAGAGGAAGCCUGUGGAACGAGGAUUCGACUUGCUCGAACUGGCUGGACCAGCAUCCACCCCGGUCCGUCAUCUAUGUAGCCUUUGGAAGCACAACAAUCUUCAGCCCGGAACAAUUCUAUGAGCUUGCCCACGGCCUCGAGCAGAUCGGCCGACCGUUCCUGUGGGUUGUACGCCCAGACAUGACUGAUGCGCCAGUCAACAAGUUCCACGACACGUUCCUCCAAAGGGUGAGGAAUCAUGGGAAGGUGAUCCAGUGGGCACCACAAGAGGAGGUCCUAGCACACCCUUCGGUGGCAUGCUUCUUCACUCACUGUGGGUGGAAUUCUACACUGGAAGGCCUGAGCAAUGGGGUCCCACUUCUUUGCAGGCCCUACUUUACAGAUCAGCGCCUGAACAGGAGCUUCAUAUGUGAUGUGUGGAGGGUGGGUCUAGGAGUGGAUGCCGAUGAAAAUGGAGUGAUAACCAGGCAUGAAGUGAGGACAAAGAUACAAGCAGUUCUUGGGAGUGAUGAGAUAAAGGCAAAUUGUCAGAGGAUGAAGGAGAUGGCCAGGAAGAGUGUGAGUGAAGGAGGGUCAUCUUUGAAGAAUCUGGAGAGCUUCAUUGAACUCAUAAAGGCUUGAGGGUUUUUUUUUUUUUUUUUUUGGCUCCUGUUACAGUGCCUACGAUAGAACCCUGUUCUUCAAAUCGUUGUCCUCAGGAUAGCUGAUCUUCUGGUUCUUGUCAGAGUUUGAGGAAUAGGCCAAGAAGGUGAAGAACGACUUAUAAUUUAUGUAUAUCAGUCGUAUAUUUUACAUUGUACAAGCUCCUAUUUAUAGUACAAUGAAUGUCUAACUGUGGAAAAACUAAAUGAAGAUACAUUGAAUCAAA